AACCCUUUUUUCCAUUAAACCCUGUUGACGACAUCAGUCUCUAGAUAAAAUCCGGGUACUCUUGAAUUCGCUGUGGCAAUGUCAACAAGCGGAUGCUUCAUCAGACCCACAAUCGGAACAACAUCAUCUUCUCCAUUUCCAAAUCGUUCGCUCAAUCUCAAAUCCUUCAACCUACGUGCUUGUUUCAUCGAAUACCCACUAGCUAGCAAAAUCAUUGUAAGAAAUUUAUCGUACUCUACAAGUGAAAGCUGUUUAAAGGAACAAUUUUCAAAUUUUGGGGAAAUAGCUGAAGUUAAGCUUAUUAAGGAUGGAAAUACAAAGAAAUCAAAAGGGUAUGCGUUUGUUCAAUAUACAAAUCAAGAAGAUGCCAUGAGUGCCCUAGAAACCAUGGAUGAUAAGCGCCUUGAUGGUAGAGUAAUAUUGGUGGAAUUGGCGAAACCUAUGAAGGGUAGACAGCUUGGCUACCCCAAAACUUCUGGACCGCCUCCGGAAUCAACAAUUCCGGCUCAAUCAGAAUCGGAAUCAGAAUACUAAUGGCCAUGGAAUUAGAAAGUUUAUUGGAUUCAAAAACAUGGAAAGUCGUGAUUAAUAAUUUGAUACUGCAAAAAAGUUUAUUAGAUUCGAAAACAUGAAAUUAGAAUAUUCAACAUAAACCCAAAUUUGCAAAAUAACCUUAUUAUUAUAUAUAUACUAGAGUAAUUUACACUAA